AUUCAAUUGAGGACACGGUUGUCUAGCACACAUUAAAAGCGAAGAAACCGAUCCGGGACAUCGAAUUAUAAUCACAUCAUACGAAAGGCGAAGUGAAUCGCUAGCUUUCCAGCUUUCCCUCUCUUUUUUUAUUACUCGACCUCGACUCAUUUCUUCAAACACCUACUAACUAUCGCCACCAAACUCAAGUCGACACCUAUCUCCGACUUGUCUCUCUCCCUCUCUCUAUUUCUCUCUACUCGCUGAUACCCCUUCCCUGUUCUUACGUCUGACCACCAAACAUUACCUCGGUCUCCUAAAUCUGUAUUUACGUGUACAUUCUUCGCGCAACCAACGUCCACAUUCUCGCCGUUUCGCGCAUAAACAGCUGGCCUGGGCGACAUAGAACCGCGAUCAACCAAAAUGGCCCAGAUCAGAGGUACAGCCGGCUACCACCUCGGUGGUCCGAACCCCUUUGGCGGUCCCAAAAGCGACGUCGCCGACCCGAGUCCUCUGGACGCAAUUAGGGAACAAACUAGUAAGAUCGAGGAUAUUUUGGAUACCAUCAGCGAACCCAUUAAGCCAUAUCUACCAGCAAUUGGGCGAUUCCUAAUCGUCGUCACAUUCCUCGAGGAUGCUCUAAGAAUUAUAACACAAUGGAACGACCAACUCGUAUACUUGAAUUCGUAUAGGCAUAUCCCUAACGGCCUGACACAUUUAUUCCUCAUUGUGAACGUAUUAACAAUGUUCGCCUGCUCUACCAUGGUCAUCAUCCGAAAGCACUCCGACUACGCCGUUGGUGGUCUCGUGGGCGUCGUCAUUACCCAGGCGCUCGGAUACGGCUUAAUCUUCGACCUCAACUUCUUCCUCCGAAAUCUCUCCGUCGUUGGUGGACUGAUUAUGGUGUUGUCUGACUCUUGGGUUAGGAAGACCAAGGCGUUCGCGGGCCUUCCUCAGCUAGACGAGAAGGACCGGAAGAUGUACUUCCAAUUGGCUGGUCGUGUUUUGCUAAUCUUCCUCUUCAUCGGGUUUGUUUUCAGCGGAGAGUGGUCUAUCUGGAGAAUUGGUGUCUCCGUCAUUGGUUUGAUGGCUUGUGUCAUGGUCGUUGUUGGAUUUAAGGCUAAGUUCAGCGCCACUCUUUUGGUGGUCAUCCUAAGUGUCUUCAACGUUUUGGUGAACAACUUCUGGACUCUCCACGAACACCACCCCCACAAGGAUUUUGCCAAAUACGAUUUCUUCCAGAUCUUGUCCAUCGUUGGUGGUCUCCUUUUGCUCGUUAACAGCGGCCCGGGACAGUUCAGUAUCGACGAGAAGAAGAAGGUGUAUUAGGCGAGUAGAGUUUGCCCGAGGAGAAACUCUACCGAUAGCAUUCCGCAUCGCGAUCACACAUGAGCUUUGGCCGGGUUAUCUUCCGCCGUGUGCCGAUGCCGAUUGGGGCAACACAUUUUGUGGCGUAACGGGCGCAGAAAGCGAGGUUUUAUUAAAAAAGAAAAGUUGAUUUACAGCCGGAAAAGACACACUACGCUGGAUUUGGGUGCGGCACCAAAUAUAUUGCUUUCACCUAACUUACCAUCAUCAUGAAGAGGUCUUGGCUGCGAAAGGGGUGAAAAAGAAGUCUAUACUACUCAAGGAAAUGACACUACUAGGAUUAUUGAUAUGUGUGUGCGCGUGCUUUUGUAAUGUGUAGGUUUUGAUGUCGUUGAUUCCCUCGCAUGACUUUGCUUGAUUGAUUGAUGCUACUGCCUGUUUAUCUCAUGCGCGCUUGAAGAUAGGUACGGAGUAGUUGGGCUUGUAUUAUAUUGAAGAUAAACGCCGCGAGGUAUUGGAAUAUAAUGGGAUUGUUCGAUUUGGU